AUGUGGUUGUGCUUGGGAACCUCCAAUCAGUUUGUCUGUGUGGUGUUCUACGUCACACUGCUUAUAGUUGGAAACUUUCUGAUCUUGACUCUGUUCGUGACUUUGUUGAUGAAGUGGAUAAACAACAAAUUGGCUCCAAAUGACGAAGAGACUAUGCAAACGUUAAAAAAGAGAGUCAUGGAAGUGCUCAAAGUGUGUGGAAUAGAGACUGGUGCAGAAGAGAAGGCAGAUAAUGCAGAAACAGUAGAGGGUAAAGACAAUGUGGAUAUGACAAGUGUCACACCUGAUCAAUCUGAAGGGAACGGGACCCACAGCAGCACUCUGCCCAUCGGGGAAGCUCAGAAAUUUCAUGAGAUAAAAAACGCUGAAGACUCCCAAGAGGUUCUGGAGGACUGCUUCUGCCCAAAGUGCUACAGUAUGUGCCGUGUUCUUGAUCUGGACACAUCGCAAGGGUGUGGUCGCGUCUGGUCCAACCUUCGGCAGAGCUCCUUUAAUAUUGUUCAGCACCCGUACUUUAACAACUUCAUCUUCUUCAUUGUCCUUGUCAGCAGCACAGCCCUGGUGUGUGAGGACACAAACUUGCCAGCACUUCCGAAACUCAAAAAGUUCCUGGGACAUCUGGACCAGGUGAUCACUUACCUGUUUGUUCUGGAGGUGCUUUUCAAAUGGAUUGGACUCGGCUUCAAGAAAUACUUCAGCAAUGGAUUUUGUUGGCUGGAUUUCAUUGUGACACUUGCUUGUGUUUUGUCUGUGGCUGCACAGACGUCUGAGCUGGGCCCUGCUCUGAUCAGUCUGAAAGCGCUGAGGCCCCUGAGAAUCCUCGCUCACAUCAAGGGCACAAGGCUGUGUGUGUCUGUGCUCUUGAGGAUGCUGCCAUCUCUUCUGGACGUGCUGCUGGUUACUUCCACAGUUUGGUUGUUUUUCGCCAUCAUUUGUGUCCAAUUAUUUGCUGGAACUUUUGAACACUGCUUCAACAAAACAAGCAAUGAGAGGUUUUUUGCAGGAGAUGUGGCAAAUAGGUCUGAAUGUUAUGUAAUUAUGGAGGCCAACCAGACAGAGGUUGAAUGGAGGAGUGUGCCCGUCAACUUUGAUAACAUUUGGUCUGCUCAGCUCGCACUCUUCUCAAUGGGCACCCUUAAAGGCUGGCUGGAAAUAAUUUAUCUUGUAUCAGAUUCUAAAAGGAUUGAAGAUCAACCUGAAUUUGAGAGCAAUGUUUACAUGUACAACUUCUUUGUCUAUUUCCUCCUGUUUGGCGGUUUUUUCUGCUGCGUCCACAUCCUCAAAGUGCUGUUAGAGGCAUACAGCUCACAAACACAAAAGAUAAGAGGAUCACACUUGUUCUUGACUAAGGAGCAGCAGAAAAAAUUCAACAAUAUCACCUUUUGUCCUAAAAGAUCUUUGGCUCCAUGCCCUCGUCCUCAGGGCCGAGUGCGUGGGAGGCUGUACGACCUGCUGUCUUGCGAGCGUUUUGAGUGGGUCAUGCAGGUGUUUAUCUUUGCGGGCACCGUGCUGCUGAUGGUGGACAGUCUCGAAAAAACAUGGCAGGAGGAACGUGUUUGGUCCUACUUUGUUUUAACACUCAUGCUCAUUUUCUUCCUGGAAUCAUUCCUCAAGAUCUGCGCUUUCAGUCGGAGCUACUUCAAGGACAAUCUCAACACCAUAGACUUUGUACUGGUCGUGUUUUCACUGUUUGGCAUCUUUAUAGCUGAACUUUUGUCCUUCUACUUCUUUUCCGUCAACUCUCUCCACCUUUUGCGCCUGGCUCGAGUCUCUCGGAUCAUCCACCGAAUUCCUGGGACUAUGAGGCUUCGUCACCUCAUCGCUGCCUGGAAAAAAUCUCUGCCUGCGCUCUUCAACCUCUCUUUGGUGCUUUUUGUACUUAUCUUCACGUACGCCAGCUUCGGCACCUUCUUCUUUAGUCACAUCAAGUACAAUACUUCGCGAAACUUUGAGACUUUUGGAAACAGCCUGAUCUUCAUGUUGACAACUGUGACAUGGGCAGGCUGGGAUAUGAUGCUGUAUCCCAAGGAAAACCCUGGAGCAGAAUUCCAACCACAAAAUGGGAACGCUGUGGCUUUCUGCGUCUCCUUCCUGUGUCUUACCUCGUACGUGGUGCUGCUGAUGUUGCUUGUUCUUCUCGUGGACAUGUUGAACAUUUUUGGGGAGAUGACUUAUGACCCACUGAGUGCUCCGAGUUUAACUCACUUCUUCAAAAACUGGAAGAAGUUUGACCCAGAAUCAACGCACUUGAUCCAACGCAGCCAGCUCCCAGACUUGUGUGACAAACUGAGGAAGCCUCUGAAGAUCUCAAAACCAUCUGAUCUGGACCUCAGCCCCGAAGACCCAGUGCACUGCCGGGACGUCCUGCUGGCUCUCUCUGUGCAGGCUUUGGAAGAUUCUGGAGACAGAGAAGCUCUCCGGGCCAGAAUCGAUGAGAAGUAUCUUGAGUUUAUGCCCAAUGGCCCUUCACAGGAAAACAGUUGCACUCUGCAAAUGAACCAGGAAGAAGCGGCGCACACGAUUUGA